AUGUUCUUGCUAUCCACUUGCACCGGUCUGAUCGGGCUGCUCUUCAGCGUCAACCCCUACCUGUCCACAAGCUGGUCGACCCCUCUUGCUUUCGGCUUCUGGUGGCUCAGCGUCGUCCUCUUCCUCAUCUGCCUGACCAUGGUGUCCCUCAGGUGCAUCCUCCACUGGGAGACAAUUGCCAUCCUGCCCAAGAACCACUCCUUCGAUCUCUUCUUUGCUGGCUACAUCCUCAUUUCUUUUGGCAUCCUGGUGGAGGGGUUCGUGCGGUACUGCCCACAUUACAUUGGCUCCGGCUUCUACACCGUCGCCAUCGUCUUCUGGUGGAUUACAGCCGUCUUGUCGCACAUUGCCAACAUCCUGAUCCCCUUCUACCUGGCCUACUACCACAGCCGCACCUUUGCCGAGCUGUCGACCCUCUGGCUGCUCGCCAUGUUCCCCGGAGUCGUGAUUGGGGUGGCAGCUCGGCACAUCCUCUACAUGACCUACCUACUACUGGGCGCAGCGCUCCCCCUGGUCCUCGUGACGCUCGGCAUGCUCCUGGCACGCUUCUUCUUCAUGGGCCUGCUCUCGUGCCUGACAGUGGUCGCCUUCAUGUUCCUGGGCAGCUGCAUCUGGUUCCUGACCUUUGGCAUGCUGGUGUGCCUGGCCACCGCCAUCAAGAACAAGGGCAUCCCCUUCACCACCGGCUGGUGGGGCGGCGUGUUCCCAACAGGCCUGGCCGGUCUCCUGGCCGUCGAGCUGGGAGUGCUCUUGGGCAUCGACGCCCUCAAGAUCGUGGGCUCCACGCUGAGCGUUUUCACGGGCUUGUUGGGCGCGUACUGCACGGCCAGGACUAGCGCACAGGUCUACUCCGGGGUCAUCUUCAACGCUGACAUUUGA